AUGAAUUCUACUUCAGAUCUUGAUUUUAGUUCAUAUGAGCUACAGUUGAUUGACUUUGUGAAAAGGCAACGACAUGAAGGUAAAGAAUUGAUAAUCGAGAAAGAAAUGACUCAAAUUUCGAAGUUCAUUGCAAUGAAUCAUAAAGUUUCAUAUAAAUUACAGAAGUCCCAAUUAUACAAACAGUUUCCUUUUAUAUCAGAUAUUUCAAUUUGCCUUAAUAAAUUAAAAAUUCGAAAAGCAGAGGAUCCAUUUUUAUUAAUUUCAAAUGAUAUUGUUGGAGAUCCUCGGUUUAAAAAGUGUAUUAAUGAUGAUGACUUCGAAUAUGGAGGUGUUUCUGUCUUUAUUCAAGAUAAUGUAAUAGUUUAUUGUUUAACCUUCGCGAAAAUCAAUAAAGACAUGCUGAAACGGGUUUACACAAAAGUUUUAGAUGAUAUCAAAGAAGAACGAACAGCUAAUAUUGAGACAAUUCUUCAAAUAUGUAACGAUAUUCGAUUUGAACUUCGUAUAAAAUCAAUAGGAAUUCAACAGGAGAACCAGAAAUUCCUUGACGAUCACGUUCAAGAUUUUAAAUCAAACAUAAAUUCAAUAAAUGAAAUACAAGAAUAUACUCAACAGUUUAAUGGGCAUUUCGUACAUUUUCAGAACUUAGAUUUCCAAGACAUUAAGUCCACAUUUGAGGUGAUGCUUCAAAAUCCAGAAUUCAUCAAUUUACUUUUAUCAAAUGCUCGUGAAUCUGGUUUAUCGAUAUAUCCACCAUCUGACUUAUUUAUUAUUACUACAUACUAUCAAAAUGUCAAUAAGUCAUCAGAUAAUCUGGAUCCGAAACCAGAUAAUCUAAGUCAGAUGAACAGUCCAUUGAAAAUACCAAAGAAGUCACGAAUUCCUAUCUCUCCUCCUAUAGUUAUAUCUCCUCGUGAUACUAAACGAAAGAUUCCAGUUCGACCACCAUCUGAAGAGACCGCUGCCACAAGUUCUGUACUUUCGAGGAAGAAACAAAUACUAGCAGCCCAAGUGUAUGCAGAAAUGGAUGCAAACCCUCCAAUGAUGGCUGAAUCUCCUGCACUUAAUAGGCCAAACACCAUUGGUUCUGAACUUGCGAGGUUAGUUAGAGAGCAGCGACAAAAGCAGAAUGCAGGAAAUCCAAAUAAUUGUCCAUUUGGCGAUCCUUUCGCUGACGAUGAUGAUUUAGUUGUUCCAACAUGCGCAAAAGAAGCUUUAGCGCAAAGAAAAAUGAGAGAAUCAAAAGGAAUAUACGAUAAUCCAUUUCCUCCUUUCUUAUUAGAUGGAAAUGACGAUGAUGACGAUUUAGUUAUACCAACAGUUGCCAAAGAGUUCCUGAAACAGAAAGGAUUGACUAUUGAAGAAGUCAGAAAGAGUCAAAUGGUCGCUCCUUUAACAAAACAAGACCAGGAAUACGAAUUUCCUACUUUAACCGAUUCUUCAUCAGCCACAGCUUCUCCAAUCAAGCUCAAUUCGUCUAAGGAAGAUCAGGAUAGUGGAGAACUCCUUCUUCCGAUCCCCGUAAACUCAUCUUUAAGUGAUGAUUCUGAUUCCGUCAUGGAAAGUACCCAAAAUUACUCAGCCGCCAAAAAUACGCCAACAAGAAAAAAGCAGAGUGUGUUUGCUUCACUCAAUGACUACAAUUUCAACGACCAAGCAUUUCAACCUUUCCAAAAAGCCUCUUCUGCUAUUUCAAACAUCAAUAUUCCAGCUUCCCCGCAACGGAAAGCCGUUACGAAAUAUUCGGUACGCGAUUCGGAUGACGAAGACGAAAAAGAAAAAGUUCCGAAAUUGAACCUAAAAUAUUCGGUACGCGAUUCGGAUGACGAAGACGAAAAAGAAAAAGUUCCGAAAAUUGAAUCGCAUCCUCCUAUGAAUCCAUUGGAGUUAAUAGGUGGCGAAGAUACACAAGACGUGGACCACAAGAUGAUGCUCGAUGUUAAACUAUAUGAUGCCAGAGGAAACAUCGAAAUGAUCACAAAUGGCUGGGAACAAAAGAUCGCAGAAGAGAAAGAAGAAGGAAAGAUAAGACUCCAGCAGCUCGACGCUAAGUAUGAAGUUGAAAUGCGCAAUUAUAAUGCACAGAUAACCAUAAAAAAACCAGAUGGUUCCGUAAUUUAUCGACCACCCAUUCCAAAGACAGCUGCAGGGCGAAAAGAAGACAUCCAGGCUAAAUACAUAAGAGAAAAGGAGACAAUGAAGAGAUUUAAUGAUAGGAAAAUCGGUCUAAUGAUCGAAGCAAUGCAAAGAGAACUUGAAAGACCAAAAGCAAAAUUAAUUGAAAUAGAAAAAGAGUAUGAGAAGUAUGGAUACAUCAUUCCUCCACCGAGGGAAAAACAUGUAACAAGACCUAGAAGAAAUACAAGUAGAAUUGCUCCAAGAACAUGA